AUGAAGGAACGCUGCAGCCUCUUUGAGCCGAGGAAAGGGGAAACGGUGAAGAGGAUACGAGAGGAGAGCAGUGCGAGGAUCAACAUCUCAGAGGGCUCCUGUCCGGAGAGGAUCAUCACCAUCACGGGCCAGACGGACUGCGUCUUCAGAGCCUUCACCAUGAUCGCCUUCAAGCUGGAGGAGGACCUUUCGGCGCUGGUGGCCAACGGCACGGUGACCAGCAGGCCGCCCGUCACCUUACGGCUGGUCAUCCCGGCGAGCCAGUGCGGCUCCCUCAUCGGAAAGGGCGGCUCCAAGAUCAAGGAGAUCCGGGAGACGACAGGUGCCCAGGUGCAGGUGGCAGGUGACCUCCUUCCCAACUCCACAGAGCGAGAGGUGACGAUAUCAGGGAGCCAGGACGCCAUCAUCCAGUGUGUUAAACACAUCUGCACUGUGAUCCUAGAGUCUCCGCCGAAGGGAGCGACCAUCCCGUACCGACCCGGCCCGAGCCCGGGGACCGUGCUGCUGUCGGGGAACCAGGUGUUCGAGGCGUCGGACUUCGGCUCCCACCCUCUGUUCUCCAUGGCCCAGGGAGGAGUGGACCUCCAGCAAACAUACGCAGUACAGAGUCACUACGGCAUUCCACAUUCAGAGUUGGCAAAGCUCCACCAGUUGUCAAUGCAGCAACAGGGCCUGGCCCCCAUGAACCAAUCAGCUACACAAGUUCUAUCUGGCGGGAUGGACGCCAACUCCCAAACCACUUCCCAGGAGCUGCUCAUUCCAAACGACCUGAUUGGCUCCAUCAUCGGCCGCCAGGGCACCAAGAUCAACGAGAUCCGGCAGGUGUCCGGCGCUCAGAUCAAGAUCGGCAGCCAGAUGGACAGCACCAGCGACCGGCACGUCACCAUCACCGGCAACCCCAUCUCCAUCAACCUGGCUCAGUACCUCAUCACCUCGUGUUUAGAGACCGCCAAAUCCACUGCCCAGUCCUCCUCCAUGCCGUCUCCCGUUGACCUGACCAUGAGCUUCACCCAGCCCGCCCUCCCCGCCUCCUCCUCGUCCUCCUCCUCCUCCUCCUCCCCCCUGGCAGCGAUGGGCGGCGCGCUGCCCCACGCUCAAAUGCUGGGCUCCCCCUACGCCUUCCCCCUCUCCAGCCUCCUGGGGAUGAAAUCGUUCCCUUACCUGGCGCUCUCCUCCCCUCCCGCUUCAGCGGCGGCCAUCGGCGGCCCCAUGCUGCCGGGCGGCAUGCAGGCGGCGCCGGGCGUCCCGGGUCAGGCCCACGCGGCGGCGGCGGCGGCUGCGGCGCUGGCGUCCUACACGGCCAAGAUCUCGUCCUCGGCCAACGGGAUGAAGAAGCCGGAGAGACAGAAGUUCGCGCCGUACUAAAGGAGGCGGGGGGUUUUUUGUUCUUUUUUAUUUUGAUGGAAGGGCACUUUUAUUCUCCUUCUCUUCCCCUCUUUACUUCUUACUCUCUCACUUCUCUCUUCCCCUCUGCCUCUCCGGUAUGCGGUUUUUCCUCCUCGACU